UUGGGGCUAGAGUGGGAGUUUCUUCUAGGAAAUACGGUACUUGGCAGACGUUUUUUUCUUGCAAUGGGUGGUUUCCAAAGCCUAGUAAGUCCCCCCCCGACCACUGACGUCCACAUACUAAUCUUUAAAGAAUAAUUGGCUGGAUGGAAUAUGAGCGGGACUGAGAGAAUGUGAAACUAAAAAACGGGGAGGGCUGCUUUUGCACAAGGUCAGGUACUUAUGGAGGAAAGAGUGUAUUUCUGCUACAAUAUUAAAGAUAUAAUUUCAGAAAGCAAGGAAACAAGAAAGAAAGAAAGAUCUUGAUGGAACCAUCUUCAUACUAAGUUAUUCUUCUACUACCAUCAUGGACCCAAGAAAGACACCCAGUGCACCACCAUCUGACUGGAACCAAGACAAUAAUUUGGGACUGGUUUACCCACCUCCUCCUUACCAAGAUCAGCCCCAGUACCCCAACCAAGGGGGGUACUACCCAGCACCACAGUAUCAUGGAGGAGCACCCCAGGGUCCACCCUACCCACAGGGACCCCAGCCAGCUGUUAUUGUCCAGCCUACAGUGUACGUCACCCAAACGCCACUAAUGCAUCCUCUGCCAGAUUACCUGGGAUACUCUAUCUUCACCAUGCUGUGCUGCUGCUUGCCACUGGGAAUUGCAGCCUUGGUCUAUUCAAUUUCGACUCGAACUGCCAACAACCACGGUCAACUGGAGAUGGCGAAGACAAACUCACGCCUUGCCCGCAACCUCAACCAUGCUGGGCUAGGUAUAGGCAUUGUCAUCAUUGUUGCUUGGAUCAUUUUUGCUUACAUGAAAAACUAGAUCCACUAAUUUCUAAGUCUUGCUAUGCCUUUUAUCCAUAAUUAUCUACCAUUAAGCUUCGAAAGAAGUAAAUGUUGACUCUUUUGUUUUUUCUAACAUGUAUUUAUGUACAGUUGGUCCGCAUUGCAAACCUUUUUGUGAAGUAUUUACUAUUUAAUUUUCUUAAAGAGGGCUGUCAUACCAAAGAUUUACCUGAUGUGCCAACAAAGAGAGAUCAUGAGUAACAGCCAUUUCCUUAACAUUUUCAAACUUUUGCUCUAGCUCUGGGUAGAGGUUUGAAGGGUGUCUGUUUUGUAUGAUCCAGGGAAUACAUUUUCUUUUCCUUGGGAAAUUAAUUGUGCAGUAUAAUUUAUGCAAAUGCUAGAUCCUUCUUUGAGUAUUGCAAUUUUUGUCCUUAUGGUAUGUGCAUUGACUCAUAACAUGUUGCUGUUUUAGCUAUGCUGCUGUGACCUAGUGCUGUGACUAUAAUAUUAAAUAAACAGAUAGAUAGGUGAUAAGUGGAUGACAUUCAUAAGAUGUCUGGCACACUGAAAUCUUUCUUCAGUGUGUUUAACAUAUAAAUUAACUGAAAUUUAUUGAAAUUCCAUUUUAAGAUGCUAUUUCCAGCCUUUUAAAUGCUCUACAUGCUGCUGCUCUUCUGUAAAAGAGACAAUACUUGCAAUAUGUAAAAUUUUGCUA